AUGAAGCAAAAGUUGAAAGCCAUGGAUCACACAGUGGAAAUGUUAUUACAGCAUGAAGCAAAUUUUCGAACCAAAUUGGAUGAAGAAAAAAAGGAUGAAGCAUAUUGUAUGGAUAAAGUUAAAGGUCACAUUGAUUAUUCCUUUGAAAAAGUUAAAACUGAUGUUUUAACAGAAACGUCCACACGACGUAAACAGUUAACGACCGCGAGUACUAGUCAGACAGAAUAUUUGGAAAAACUGAAAGGUGAGAUAACACGUUCGAAUGACGUAUUUGAAAAUGCUUCCUUACAACAUGAAAUACCAAGGUCAGCCAUGUACGGGGAGCUUGACAAGGAGCUUUUGGAGUAUGAAUCAAGGAUCAACAAGCAUAAGAUAAAGGCAAGCUCUCUUUAUUUCUGCGUGGUGGAUAGCGCGUCAUGUCUUGAUAUUUACCGACGGCUCGAAAAGUGUUUUCGUAUUGAAAACGUAACAGAUGAACUUGAAUAUCAAGUUGAAAUGACGCAAUUAUAUACACGCAAAACACCAAGAAUAAACUUUGUCGGAGACAAAGUAGUUGAUUGUGUGAAAAUAAUUAAAUUGCCGGAGAGAAGAACAACUCCAAGAUACUGCGUGUGGAUAGACAAAUACAUCAUUGUGUCCUUGCAAGAAGAACAGACACUGGAGAUGUUUGAUACCAUAACUGGUGCUUUUAUUUCGAGAUACGUGUGGAAAAGUCAACCAUGGGCAAUCACUAGGGUAGACAAUGCAAAUUUUGCCGUUGCGUUCCCCAAUGAAAAGACAAUAACUCUGAUGACAGUUCUAAACAAGUAUAUGAAAAUUAAAAAUGGCAGUACGCCAGUUCAAACAUCUUUUGAGGUAAGUGCAGUCGCCUAUAACUCUGAGGGCCAGAUAAUUUAUGCUGCAUCUAUGACUGAUGGAAGUCAUAUCGAGAAGUAUGAUGUUCAGGGCAAAGUACAUGGCGCAGUUUUUCUUGAAAACAGCUCUGGUGGAAUUUACAACAUAACAUACGAUAGCAAGUUGAAAUACCUGUUCGCAUCUUGUCACGAGCCUGAUAAGGUAGUUUGUUUGGAUAUUAACGGAACAAACAUAUUUGAAUACAGUGAAGAAACAUUAAAGAAACCUUGGUCAGUUGUCUUAGACGAUACAGAUAAUGUUUAUAUUACAUCUUACAAAGGGCAAUGCAUCCAUCAGUUGAACAAAAAAGGCAUCUUGAAAAACAAAGUAGUAUCAUCAAAUGGAAAAGCGUUCAUUCAGCCACUUGGUAUGUGUUUUAACCAAUACAAAAACAGAUUUGUUCUUUUAUUUGCAGAAUCAGCGACCAUGCAAAUAUUCAAACUCUGA